AUCACUUCUAACAUCUCGAUCUAGCUCUUCCUCCUGCUCAGCUCUCGUUCCAUCAGGGUCUUCCACAGCGUAGCAAGGCAAGCUAGUAGAUCCCGGAGAGGGUGCAGCCAUGUCGGACGUGACGGCGGUGAUGGAUCUGGAGGCGGAGGAGCGGCAGCUGGCACUUCCGCCGGGGUUCCGGUUCCACCCCACCGACGAGGAGGUGGUCACCCACUACCUCACCCGCAAGGUCCUCCGCGAAUCCUUCUCCUGCCAAGUGAUCACCGACGUCGACCUCAACAAGAACGAGCCGUGGGAGCUCCCUGGCCUGGCGAAGAUGGGCGAGAAGGAGUGGUUCUUCUUCGUGCACAGGGGCCGGAAGUACCCGACGGGGACGCGCACCAACCGGGCGACGAAGAACGGCUACUGGAAGGCGACGGGGAAGGACAAAGAGAUCUUCCGCGGCAAGGGCCGGGACGCCGUCCUCGUCGGCAUGAAGAAGACGCUCGUCUUCUACACCGGCCGCGCCCCCAGCGGCGGGAAGACGCCGUGGGUGAUGCACGAGUACCGCCUCGAGGGCCAGCUGCCCCAUCGCCUUUCCCGCACCGCCAAGGAUGAUUGGGCUGUUUGCCGGGUGAUCAACAAAGACUUGGGGGCGAGGAAUGCUCCACGGAUGGAGGAUCCGCUCGCCUUCCUCGAUGACUUGCUCAACAAUGAUGACUUGCUUAACAACGCCGACCUGCUCGAUAACGCUGACCUGCCGAUGCUCAUGGACUCACCGUCUGGCGCCGACGAUUUCGCCGGCGCUUCGAGCUCCACCUCCAGCGCCGCCCUGCCGCUUGAGGCGGACACGGAGCAUUUGACUAUCAAGAUGGAGCCGCCGCAGCAGAUGCAGAGCCCAAACUCCUUCAUGCCGGCGACGGCCAACGGCAAUCUUGGCGGCGUCGGGUACUCGCCCUACCAGGCUAUGGGCGAUCAGCAGGUCGCGAUCCGCAGGUACAGCAAGCCGAAGGCGGAGGUAGCGUCUUCGUCCGCGCUGCUGAGCCCUUCGCUGGGCUUGGACACGGCGGCGCUCGCCGGCGCGGACACCUCGUUCCUGAUGGCGUCGUCGCGGUCGUACUUCGAUCUGGAGGAGCUGUUCCGGGGCGAGCCUCUCAUGGACUACUCCAACAUGUGGAAGAUAUGAUUGAAUCCAUCCAUCUAUUCGAUGGAUUGGAGCGUCUCAGUUUGCUGGUAACAAUAGAUGGUUAUUUGGUUGAUGCUAGCUCUUCGAUCGAUUAGUUGCUUCAUUAACUUUGAUUAAGGAUUGUGUUCAUUAAGGUAUCCUGGUGUGUUUGUUGAUGCGUGCAAGGCAUAAUGAUGGCCUGUGAGCGGAGGGGGUGCUGAUUAAUCGUAGAACGUGGUAUCAAACUACUAGGAGUCGUCUGUAGUUUGUACAUAGUUACCUGAUUGCCAUAAUACAGUUUAGUGAUUAGGGGGAUGAACCCGAUCAAGUUGGUUGAUAAAUAUAUUUAAUUGUGUGUUGAUGGA